GCGCGCGCAAAGAUGGCGACGCCCUAUGUGACGGACGAGACCGGCAGGUACAUCCCGUCCACGCAGCGGCCGGACGGGACCUGGCGGAAGCAGCGCCGGGUCAAGGAGGGCUACGUGCCCCAGGAGGAGGUGCCCGUCUACGAGAACAAAUACGUGAAAUUCUUCCGGAGCAAACCCGAACUGCCGCCGGGCUUAAACCCCGAGCCCACCCCUUCCCCACCGAGCCGAGGGACCCCCGGGCGGCCCGAGGGCUGCGACCCCUCCCCAGCUUUAUCCAAAAGCGCCCGGAGGAACCUGAAACGCAAAGAGAAAAGGAAACAGCAGCAGGAAAAGGAUCGGGAAAACGACGGGGACGGACUGAGCCAGGCGCUGGAAAAAAUCGGGCUGAGUGACGGCGGCCGUAACGCCGCGGCUCAGCCCGGGACCGAGCGGGCGAGCAGCGCGGGCAGUGACUGCGGGCAGAGCUCGGGGAGCCCCGCGGGCCGGGGCGGGCCCGAGGAGCGCGGCCGGCGCAUGAAGAGCCUGCGGAAGAAGCUGCGGCAGGUGGAGGAGCUGCGGCGGCGGCUGGAGGCGGGCGCGGUGCCGCGGCCCAGCCCCGAGCAGCUGCAGAAGCUGGCGCGGAGGGCGGCGCUGGAGCGGGAGCUGCGGGAGCUGGAGCUGCAGCCGGACUCGUGACCGCGGCCCCGGCCCGGCCGGGCUUUUAAAGGGGUUUGGGGUCUCGGGCUGGGCUUUGGGGGUUUUUCUCUCUUUGGUUUCUUUUAGGUUUUUGUUUUUUUUUUUUUUUUUUUUUUUUAAUUUUAUUUCAUUUCAUUUUAUUUCAUUUUAUUUUAGGUUUUUAUUUCAUUUAAUUUUAUUUUAGGUUUUUAUUUUAUUUUAUUUUAUUUCAUUUUAUUAUAUUUCGUCUCAUUUUAUUUUAGGUUUUUAUUUUAUUUUAUUUCAUUUCAUUUUAUUUUAGGAUUUUAUUUUAUUUUAUUUCAUU